CGGCCGCCCCGCUGGCCUCUCGCUGAAGUUUGGGUCCCCUUGGAAACCAGGUCUCUGCCCCACCCCCUUGAAAAAUUGAUCUGGGAGUUGGGGAAUGAAGCCUUUCUUGUUUCCUUCUUGCCAUCUUUAUUACUAAUAUUUUGCAAAGCUCGAGAGCUCAGAGGAGUAGCCCCGAAUGAGAUCAGAUUGCGCGGACGGCGGGGCGCGCAGCUGCUCCUCCAGGGGACGGCGCCGGCCGGGGACCCCGAGGGUCGGCCCAGGUUGCGCGGGCCAGUACAAGUGCCCUGGUCAGCUUGGACAAGUGGACCUGGACACUGCGGAGCAAAAGGCCAGCAGAACCGAGGUGGCGACUCCUGCGCUCCUGGUAUCCGUGCAGGGCGUCAAGAGGCCACUGCGCCAGGGCACAGGGCGCUGUGCCCGGGCUGUGGCCCCUGGAUCCCCAGCAGUGCUCUGGCUGUCCGGGCGCAGGAAGGCUGGUGCGGUCCGGGCGGCGCGAGCUGCCCGGGUGAGCCGCGGCGAGGCGGGCCGGCCCCUCCCGGAGCGGAGCAGCGGUGCGGAGCGGGGCGGGGGCGGAGGGCAUGGGGGCGGGUCCCCUGACCCCGCCGGAGGCGAGAGGGCGGAUCGGAUUUGGAGCCUGCGGGAGGCUUGGUCAGAAGUGGCCCCCUAUGCCGCGGGGCCCCGCGGAGGGGCCCAGCUUUGUGGAGGAUUAGAGGCUCCCGCCCCACCCCAGUACCUGCGAGCGUGUCGGUGGGGCCCUCCGCUGCCAAAGAAACCAGGCUUGCAAGGACUCUCCACGCUGCGUCUGGAGGCGCUGAGCACCGCGCCCGGCGCCGGGCGGACCGGGCGCGUCCUGCCCUCUGCUGGCCACGGUGCAUCCCUGCAGCCGCUGCUGGGCGCCGCCUGUAGGGGAGAGUCCUCGUUCCAGGGGCCCAGGUGGCCCAGCUCCCAAGGGCCCCCUGACCCUUGGGCUGGUGUCCAGGCCCGAUUCCGGGUCGUUGAUUCUGUCCAAGGGAGCGUUCCCGGGGGCCUGCAGGCUGUCUCGGCGCAGGAGGACGCGCUCGCAGCCCCCGCUCGAUGCCACCGCCGCCGGUGUGUUCUGGGGUCUCCCCCUUCAUUCUCCCCGCCACACUCCCUACAGGCCCUGUUCCUUGCCCUUUGUCCCCGAUGCCCGGGUCCCCCGUCCUCUCAGCUGAGUCAGAGUUCCGGAACCCGGAUCCUUCGGAUCCUUCGCACUCAGCCAUGCAGAGGUCUCCUUCGGGCGCCACCAGAGCUCCUGGGGCCUCCUCACCGCAGCCCCCAUGGAAGAAUAAGCGACUGGACGGGAGAACAGGAGCCUAGGCUUCUUCAGGCCCCACCUGAGCCGCGAAUGCUUGCGCAACUGCCGAUUCCACCAGGCGCCUCUGGCCCCACGACGCCGCGGCUGCUGUGUCCCGGCUGCUGUGCCCGCGCCUCCCGACCCGGGAUCCUCUCUGGCUCAGCUGCAGAAACAGGUCCCUCCUCCCCCACGGAGCCCCGCCGUGCUGCCGGCCUGCUGAUCCUCUCCAGAGAGUUUUGUGUCUGCCCAGAGCUGGAGCAGAGGGUACCCUCCCAAUCUACAACUCUGGCUGGAGGUGCAGAUCGGGGCAGUGUUGGGCACCAUUGGGGUGCAGGGCAGAGCCUGGACUUUGGGCUCGAGCAAGAAGACCUUGACCAGGAGCUUCGAGCCUCAGCGGCUCUGCUCUGUAGGAGAGCAAGGGCCACGGAGCUGCCUGGGGACACUGGCCGUGGCCAGCCUCAGACCUGCCAGAGGAGACCACACUGGACCAGAGCCACCCCAAAUCUCCGGCCAGGGAACAGCCGCAUUGUCCAUGCUGGCAUCAAGAAUACCAUCCGCCACCCAGAGCGGCCACACUGUACCACUGCCCUGGGGCCCUCAGCUGAGCCUGGCCUGACGUUCUGGCUCUCCUCCUCCCGAGGUGGAGUCUUUCUCAAGGACCCGCCGUCCCUCCCUGAAACCCUGCUCCUAGCUGUCCACCGAGAAAUCAAUGGACUGCACCAGGAGGGAGUGAGUUCCCCGCGGCUGGAGGUGUGCAAGCUGCAUCGGGUAAACUUCCGGCAGGUGGAGAGGUUGCAGGGGCACAAGGUGCCCAAAGCCGCUCCUGGCCAGGCAGAGCCCAGUACAAAGUCGGAAGGCUCUCAAGACAGCGACAGCGGGGUGCUGAGCUCAGUGCACAGCCCCUCCCAGCUGGAGGCUCUGUGUGACCACGCGGGUGCACACUCCCUGGGUCUGGGGCUGCUAUGGGAGGGAUGGCGUCAGGGUCGUCCCAAGGCUGGCGUGAUGCUAAGGGCCUGCACAGGACGGGGAGGCGGCCAGAGGGACCUGGCCUUGAGCCCGCUCGGCGUGCCCACCGCUGUCAGGCUGGGGAUGGAGGCAGCCGCCGUGUGGCCAGAUAGGUGGCCGAUAGCGGGCCUCUGGGACAAAGCUAUCGGAGGCAGCGACAGGAUACUGAAUGGGCUUCUCCGAGCCGGGCCUGAAGCCGGCUCCCUGGCAACGGCGCAUCCUGCUGAUAAAGAACUUGCAGGGAGGAAGCCGCGAGCCCCUCGCCCCCAGCAGCCCAGCAGCCAGGGCUAUCAGCCCUGCCCAUCGCUGCGCAGGGGAGGGCCGAAGGGCGGGGAGCAGCUGCGGCCCCCAUCUCCACAGCCAGCCUGGCCUGCUCGGUGCCCACGCUUCCGCAGUGCACAGGGUGGACUCUUUGUUCUCGGCCAAGCCCUGCACCCCGCUUCCAGCCUCCUCCCCAGCCCGGCAGGCAAAGGACAGCUGCAGCCUGAAGCCUUCAUCAUCUCCAUCACGGUGUGCUCCUCACUCACACUGCAGCCUCCACCUCCAGAGGAGCGCAGAGGCAGCCCCGCGCUGGGUGGGCCCUGUCGCCACGAGAGCACCUGCUCCGGCCCACGGCGAACCACCGCACGCCCUGGCCUGGGCUUCCCGCCCCGCAGUGUGGGGACCCCUGUGUUUCAUGCUGACCGGGAUCCAGCUGUGCUCAGAAGGCAGUUCGGCGGCCGGGCCAAGGCGCUCUUCCAAACUGCAGCACGCGCGCCCCUCCCGGCAGACCGCGUCCUUCGGCUUUUGCGGUGCAGCCGCCCUGCGCUCCGGGUCUUCACGUUAAGGCGGAGUCGGGGUGGGGCGCCCCGGAGCCGCGCAGCUCUCCCGCCCCACCAGCGUCGUGCCAGGCCGGCGGCCCUGCCGUGCUGUGGAUGCGCGGCUUUUGUCAGCGGCGCGGGACCCGUGGGCACGCAGGGCGCUGUGCCCCGCGCCAGCCCACCGGGGUCCUCCCGGCUCCUCUCCCAGCGAGCGUCGCCCUUGCUUUGUCCUCCGUGCCCAGGCUUUCCGGGUGUGGGGAGCAGGCUGGGGGAUGCAGGGCAGCUGCGAGCGGCAGGACGCUGUUUGUGGAAGUCUGGGGGGCGAGCCCGCCUGGAGGAGCCGGGGUUCACUGAGCGCCUCUUCUGUGCCCGGUCAGCUGUUGGCCCUGAGGAGGAGAAAUCCUGCUCUCUGGUUGCCGGGAAACAGAUGAGUCAGCAGUUUUAUGAACAGCAAGGUAGCGCCUCGGAGACCCAUGGCUCUGUGCACCUGUCCACGAAGGCCGUCCACACACGGUGCCUCUGCCGUCCGAGGCCCAGCCCCGGCACGGGUGGCUCCCCAGCCCGACCUGCCCCCAGCCUGCCCCUCCGGACGCUGACAGGAAGUGGCGGGAUCCGGGUGGAGUGGAGUGAGUAUCCCGGCAGGGGCCGGGCUCAGAGCGGCUCUCUGCUCCUGCUCCUUCUGACCCAAAGCUCCUCCAGCCGCCCACCGCCUCAGCCUCCAGCGCGGCAACGACCCUCCAUAAAAGGAUAA